ACUAGUAUAAAACCUAAUUAUUUCCCUGUAUGCUAUGCACACUAAAAUCACUACCUAAAAUGGCUUCCUUUUUCUUGUCCUCACUAGUUUUAAAGUUCAUUGCUGCUCUUAUCCUUCUUCCUCAAGGGCUUGCUGCGUACAACCUUACUCCAACUUACAAGUCUCCAAAUAGUAAGUUGCCACCUUCUUUUUCUUUUGAGGAAGAGGUACCACCUUCGAAGAAGAGAAUAGCACCUUUUAGAAAUUUUGAGAAAGAGUUACGACGUUUUUUUUCUUUUGAGGACGAGUUACGAAAUUUUGAGGAACAGUUACGACGAUCUCCAAUUUACAAUCCAUGGGAGAAGAGGCCAGCACCACCAUAUCAGAAGCUACUGUUUAUGUAUGGUGAUGAUUGUCACGAUUCAAGAGAACAAUCACUUACAACUACAUACAAAUCCAACCUUAAUAAAUUCCUUUCAUCGCUCACCUUUGAUGGUAUUGUAAGUAAAGGAUAUAAUCACACAAGCAUAGGAGACAACACAGUUGAUGCUGUCUAUGGACUCUAUGACUGUAGAGGUGAUGUCACAGGAUCAUUUUGUCAAUUUUGUGUCUCUACUGCUGCCUCAUAUGUUCUUCAGUACUGUCCUAAUAGAGCCUCAGCUGUUAUAUGGUACGAAUUUUGCAUUCUCAGAUAUUCCAACCAUAAUUUUUUUGGGAACCUCACAACAAGUCCAUCAUGGCAAAGGUUGGGGUCAAAAAACAUCACUGAUCCACAAGAACUUGAUAAAGCUGAGGAUAAUAUGCAAAGUUUAAUAAGCGAAGCUACUUUGGAGACCAAUAAGUUUUAUGGAAUGAGGGAGUUCAAUUUGAGUAAUAGUCCUAUUGAAAAAAGAUAUGGAUUGGUGCAGUGCAGUAGGGACCUUAAUGAAAAUCAAUGUAAUCAAUGUUUGGUGGCUAUGUUAGACAAAGUUCCUAAAUGCUGUGGGACAAAGAUUGGUUGGCAGGUUCUUGCUCCAAGUUGUUUGAUAAAGUAUGAUGAUUUUAUGUUCUACCAGCUUACUUUUGCUCCAAAUUCAGAGCAAGGAAGUUCAAGUAUAUCAAAAACCUUGAUCAAAAUUAUGAUCUUUGAGUUGGUGAUGGCUCUUGUUCUCAUAAGUUGUGGGAUCUUCUUCAUAUGGAGGCGGAAUCACUCAAAUAAAGAUCGACUAGCAUCAAAGAAAAUUCCUAUAUCUCAUCCUGGCCAUACUCAAGGAGAGGAUACAUAUAAUGCAGACCUCCCAAUAAUCCCUUUAAUUUGGAUUCGACAAAGCACUAAUAACUUUUCAGAAUUAUGUAAACUAGGAGAAGGUGGAUUUGGUCCUGUUUACAAGGGUAAUUUAGUAGAUGGAACAGAAGUUGCAAUCAAAAGGCUGUCUAUAACAUCUGAUCAAGGUUUAGAAGAGUUCACAAAUGAAGUAAUCUUUAUAGCUAAAUUGCAACAUAGGAACCUUGUGAGACUAUUGGGUUGUUGCAUUGAGGAUAAUGAAAAGUUGCUUCUAUAUGAAUACAUGCCAAACUCUAGCCUCGACUUUUAUCUAUUUGAUGAAGAAAAAAGAAAACUUCUAGAUUGGAACUUAAGACUAAACAUUAUUAAUGGAAUUGCAAAAGGACUCUUGUAUCUUCAUGAAGACUCUAGACUUAGAGUAAUCCAUAGAGACCUAAAAGCAAGUAAUGUUCUUUUAGAUCAAGAGAUGAAUCCAAAAAUAUCUGAUUUUGGAUUGGCAAGGGCAUUUGAAAAAGGUCAAAGUCAAGAAAACACAAGAAGAAUUAUGGGCACAUAUGGUUACAUGGCUCCAGAAUACGCUAUGGAAGGGUUAUAUUCAGUGAAAACAGAUGUUUUCAGUUAUGGAGUUCUUUUAUUAGAAAUAAUUUGUGGAAAAAAGAAUAGUGGAUUCUAUAUCGGAGAACAUGGUCAAAGUCUUCUUAUAUAUAGUUGGAAUCUUUGGUGUCAAGGAAAAAGUUUGGAACUGUUGGAUACAAUACUGAAAAAUACAUACAUAAGCAAUGAAGUUAUGAAGUGUAUACAUAUUGGUUUGUUGUGUGUACAAGAAGAUGCAGUGGAUAGACCAACCAUGUCCAAUGUUGUUGUCAUGCUGGCAAGUGACACAAUAGCACUUCCCAAUCCUAAACAUCCUGCAUUUUCAGUUGGAAGAAAAGUAAAUGAUGAUCCUUCUGUUAAUGAAGUAACAAUAUCAAAUAUUUUUCCUAGGUAGGGGAUAUAUGUAUAUCAUGGUAAAAAUUUGGUGAAAUUUCAUAUGAUCGAAAUUUUCUAAACAUAUGAAAACUCACAUUACGAAUUUGACAAAUUGAGAAUUCAAAAUUUUAA